AUGGAAAUGAGAUUGAAACUAAAGUCAGAUAGCGGGGUUUCCACAAUAAAGGUUGACUCAGAGAUAUUGUUCCAAGAUUUUCUCGCAGAUAUAAAAGCAAACACAGACCUACAUAUUGAUACCUCGGAAUCCAUUAGCAUGAUCAAAACAGGCUUUCCACCGAAAUCUAUUGACUUGGUUUUCGGUCCGAAGACCACGUUGCAAGACAAACAUAUUAAAGAUGGCGAUCAGUUGAGUAUUACGUUUAUUUCAACCAAGCGUCCGUUGUCUCCACAACUGGAUUCGAACACCAAUGUUGCGCCACUCAACGGAUCUGAAGUGAGGGCAGAGGCUGCCACAAACAAAAAGCGUGAUUUGAAAGAAGAUAUUCCAGCCGUGUACAUAGAACUGGAGAACAAGUACUUGAUACUACGAAAUAUCCCCGAUGACAAUUCUUGUUUGUUUAAUUCGAUAUCGUAUGCAAUUUCAGGACACGAUUCUUACACGACAUUUUCUCCACCGCAAGAAUUGAGAAAUGUAGUGGUUGAUUAUGUAAAUCGAGACCCUGUAUUAUAUUCUGAUACUGUGUUGGGUCGACCCCGAGAGGAAUAUUGCCGAUGGAUUUUGAAGAAAGAUAGCUGGGGUGGUGCAAUAGAAUUAGGUAUAUUGGCUGACUGGUUCGACGUUCGAGUCAUUUGUAUCGAUAUCGAACUGGGAAACUUUAUCCGGAUAGAGAAUGAAGAGAAGAAACCAACAAAGUUCAUGUUGUUGAUUUACAGUGGAAUUCAUUAUGAUGUAUUGGCACUUGGCAACGAAGUCUCGACUAAAAACAAGGAUCAGGAUGAGUGUUUAUUCAGGAUUGGUGACUCUAGAGAAAAGGGAAUUAUUGAAGCUGCCGAAAAGCUAUGUAAAUUGCUACAGGAAAAAGAUUACAGUACAAACACUACGACGUUUAGAGUACGUUGUUUGGAUUGUUAUCUGAUUCUAGUGGGAGAGCUUGGUGCAUCCAAACACGCUGAGCAAACUGGGCAUUUGAACUUUGGUGAAGUGAAGAAAACGUAA